AUGUGGAACACCCAGCUUCCCUCACCAAGUACUCCAACAACAACACACAGCUUCCCUCAUCAAGUACUCCAACAACAACAUCCAGCUUUCUUCUCCAGUGUUCUCCAUUGCUUGAUCACAAUUCAGGGUCCAGGCAUAAGAAAUAUAUUUGGAGUCCAUCUCAGUGAAGAAAUAUAUUUUGGGUGGGUGACUGAAGUGGCUCUAUAUGCUUCUACUCCAACAACACGUCAUGAUCGAAACCAGGAUGUUUUGAAUGUUUGCCUACUUGAUGGAAAGGAGCUGAUGACGAAAGAACAGAUUAACGCAUUCGAUGAUCUGCAAACUGAUCUGAUUGGCCCAGAGGAAGAGGCUACCCUUGAUCCACCAACACGGGAUGAAAAUGGAGUAUUAAGGGGGGGAACAUGGUUUGAAAGGACUGGUGCAGUUGGAAUUAAUGGAACCCGUUGCUAUCCCAUGGGUUCCACAACCCAACGCACACGCGCAAUGUGGAGUCCCCACUGGUUUGGCAAAUUACUUGACUUUAUGGAUGAGCAACUAGCUUUUAGAAAGAGGUUCAUCAAGCUACAUGCUGAAAUCGGCGCCCUCGCAAUGAAGAUUUGUCUUCCAAACCACGUACAAGACCUCUAUCAACGCUACACAUCUGCAGCCAACAUACCAAGACUAGGAGUUGAUGACAACUAUUAUUUUCAAGCAUUACAGCUGAAUAUUUCACCUGCAAUACCUUGGGAGAGGCGUUUUGUUAUAGAUACCUCCCUGGUGGGGAUGGGGGUUUUUGGGCAAAUGCAUGGUCACCGUGACACUGGAGACGAUGCUGCAGGUUAUACCUGCAUGAUGUCCAACACCAAUGUCCCAGAAGGUGGUGGAACUGAAAUGGGGAGAUUCUUCGUUCUGAACAAUCUCAUUUAUGUGAAGAUGGUUCGCUUUAGCUUGCCCAUAUUCAAUGGGCUCUUCUUGCAUGGGGGCUCACCAAUCAUUCUUGGACGUGGCAUUGAGUUGAAAAAAAACUUGUAUCGGAUCAACGCCGUUCUAUAUUCACCACGUUUCAUGCUUUCUGGAGCUGGUCAAUACUCUAUCGGGUUCGCCAAGGCGACAUCAUUGCUAAAACUGAGAAAAUCUAGCACCAAUAAAGGGACGAUAACAAGGGAGGCUAACUUUGUCCGAGACGGUAUUAUCCUUAUGGAACCUAAGUCAUUGUUCAACUUUGUCAUCUGGGGCCUACUUCAAAUUUCUGCCUAUAUUGUUCAGACAGUAAUGCGACGAAAGCUAGAGGCUAAAAAUACUCAGAUGCAACACACUGAAUACAGGGAAAAGAACGGCCGAAGCACCAGAAAGAGAAAACGCACCAAUUACUCUUCUGGAGGAGAAGAUAGUCAAGAUGGAAAUCAUGAACAGGAGGAUCAUCAGAUGGAUUUGGAGUCUCCUAAAGCAAACACCUCUUUGGCUGAUCAUUAUGGUGAUGAGUUAGAGGAUGAAGAGCCCUGGGAUUUAGAAGAUGAAAGGACCUGGGCUGAUCAGGAGGCCUUGGAUGACAAAGAACCCUUGAAUGACAGGGAACACUUGGAUGAAGAAGAGCCCUUCAAUGAGGAAGAGGACUUGGAUGAAGAAGAACCCUUUGAAAAAAGGCACAUAUAUAAUAGUGAAGGAGAAAAACAUCUCAAUCCCAUAGAUGCAUUUCUGGGCACUAUCGACUUCAAUGCAAUUGACAGCUGUGCUGACCAAUUUUUGGGAUCUCUUUGUUCAUUGCGAUCACAAGAACGCAUGAACCAAACUGAAGUGGCAGCCAACUCCAUCAGUAUAGAGCAAUCCAUUCGAUCUUUGACCAUCUCUCCAUGGGCUUCAGAUCAUCCACAGAUCAUUGCAAAAAUAUGGCCAAAACACGAUAUCCUCUUGAAAUCCAUGCAACUUUCAACAGUUGAGCUCUACGCCUCACCUUAUACUUGGGUUGAAACCAUUGUCUGGGAGGCAAUCAAUACCGAGCCUUCAGUGAAUCAGACUUCUGCCCCAGCAGACUACAAACCUAGCUGGGUGCACCAGCUGGUCAAAGAUCUGAAGGGAUUGUAUCUGAGUGGCCUACACAAAUCAGAGAUUGUACCCUUUCCUUCGACAAAGUAUCUUCCACAUCUGGAAGAGCCUGUAACUCACCAGCACAAAAUUGGACGGACCAUCAUCCAUCCGAAACACGCCAGCUACACGCUUUCGCGGAAUGCUGAUGCAUCUCAUGAUGAUCCAGCAUAUCUCACCACAUCGUGGGUAGUCAGGCGACGACGGGACAACGAAAUAAAGCGCCAAAUGGAAGAGCAAGCUGCAGAAGCGGCGCGUAAAGUUGCUCAAGAACAAGCUGCAGAAUUAGCACGUCUCGCAGACGAAGCCCGUAAAUCUGCCAACUCUCAGCAAUCCGCCAGCGCUCGCGUACCGUGGCGUGCACCCUCUGGUGCUAGCCAACCUUCGAGUUCUAGAUCUCGUCGACGCCGUGUAACGAUGGAAGAGAUAACCGACGAUGAAAACUAG